AACGAGUCAGUCGUGCUAUUGGAAAGGCCUCGUCUUGACGUCUUUCUUGUCUUUCUCUUGCGUGUAUAUUUCUCUUUUAGAUAAUAUUUAAAAGUUAUAUUUUUAGAAUCGUCGAAGUAUAACAUUCCGCAAAUUUUUUCUUGAUAAAAAAAAUAUCGUAAUGAAUCAUUUCGAUAUAUAAAGAAGAUCGUUAUUCGUUAUACAUUAAUUUAACUCUUGGUUUAAACGUUUCAAUUUGAGAUUGAGAUCGAGAUCGAUACAGUUAAGUGAAAUUACCGUUCGAUCCGUGAUGAUCCUCGAGAAACGUUGAAAUAGAACACGAACAUUAUUAUAGUUCUUCUUCCAUCGAAUAUCGAGGAUUGAAAAAUAAUUACAACGAUCGAUCUCUUCGAUUCUACAAGAAAUUAAAAGGAAAUAUUUCUUUCUCUCUGGGAAAAGAAAUGAUCACGUUUAUAAUAUUCCUAGGACUAAUUGUCUUGGGUAAAUCACAAUUGAUUUAUCCGGAUCAAUACGAUUAUCUGAAGACCUCAACUUAUUCGGCUUAUGCUAAUAGUCAGCAACAAUCAUAUCCUGCUGCCGUUGCAUACGCUGAACCAGCAGCAGGAGCAGCACCCGUGGCAUAUUAUGCAGCAGGAGCAGCACCCGUGGCAUAUUUCGCACCAGCAGAAGCACCCGCAGCAUAUUCUGCAGCAGCACCCGGAACAUAUUCUGCAGCAGCACCCGCAGCAUAUUCUGCAGCAGUAGCAGCAGCACCCAUGGCAUAUUAUGCAUCAGGAGCAACACCCGUGGCAUAUUAUGCUUCAGGACCAGCACCCGUAGCAUAUUAUGCAUCAGGAGCAGCACCCAUGGCAUAUUAUGCAGCAGCACCAGCAUCCAUGACAUAUUCAUCAUCCGCUUCUAUCGUAAAUCAAUUAUCUGGACAACCGACAGGAGAUUCCUUAUCUCAAGCUGCAUCACAAAUAAAUGUUAAUACGAUCGCGGCACCGAUUUCACCUCUUGCUCAAUCAUUACCAUUAGAUUGGGCUUAUCGAGUGAAUGAUAUAAUCUCGAAAGGUGUCACGAAAUUAGCUCUAAAUAUCCAAAAUGUACUAUAUGCUAACAAUUUGGCAUCAGUAAAAAACGAAAAAGACAAUAUAGUAUUCUCGCCACUUAAUAUUGCUGGAUCUCUCGCAUUAAUUCAUUUAGGAUCAGCGGGAAUAACUUUCGAAGAGGUAUCGAGAAUCCUUGGACUUGCUAUGGGAGUAGACAUUUCUACGCAUUCAGAACUUGUUCAUCAAAUUUUCGGAUUAUUGAUUUCUGUAGUCCAUGAGAAAGCUGAAUCUACAAGGAUUAUAGACAUUGCAAGUGCUAUUUUCUUGCAGGAAGGUUUUCCAAUUCGACCAGAAUUUAAGACAAUCAGUGAAAAUGUAUACCAAAGUGCAAUAAUGAAUCUUGACUUUCAAGAAAGAGGAAAGGAAGCACAAGACAAAAUAAAUGCAUGGGUAAAAGAAAACACAAACGGAAAGAUUUCAACGAUUUUAAAUGAUAUACCAUCACCUGCCACGAAAGUGAUCAUAGCUUCGGCAUUAUACUUCAAUGCCGAAUGGAAUAGAUAUUUCAUAACGGGAGCUACUGGUAGAAAAAACUUUUCCAUCGAACCAAAUGAACAGAUCCUAGUAGACAUGAUGUACAAUGCUGGAGAUUUUCCUUUUUACGAAGAUAAAAAUUAUGGCGUUAAAAUUGUUGGUCUACCAUAUAAAGGAUUAGAUACUACUAUGUACAUUAUGUUACCUAAGGCAGAAGGUGCAAGAGCAUUAGGCGAAUUUGAGAGGACACUAACACCAGAGAUCAUUGAAUAUUUAAUUCAAAACAUGAAAAAUCAAACCACUAUAUUAGGGAUGCCUAAAAUGAAGAUUACUAGUUCUUUAAAAUUGAAAAAAGUACUCAAGAGUUUAGGUUUAACAUCUUUGUUUAAUCCGGCAACAGCAGAUUUGAGUUUAUUAUCACCUGGUUCAAGAGAACUAAUUGCAAGCGCAACUCAAAAUCCAACAAUUAAGAACAGUAAAAGCUUUAAUGAUCAAAAUAGACAAUUGAACAAUAGAGACCAAUUAGUUUUCUCAAGAUUCGGUGGUGAUUCAGACGGAGGGCAAGUGUAUAAAAAACAUUUAUUCAAAUAUAUUGAUAAUACUCGCCGUUAUAAUAUCGAGCAAUGGGCUACGGGGUUUAAUAUAAGAAGAAUGCAAAGGAAACGACGUGAAAUCGAAACUGAACUAAUCGACGAUGAAAAUAACGUUAAAAGAGUUCGAAGACAAAGUAGACCUAUGUCCGAAGAUUUUCUCCGUAUUGUUGAAAGUAGAAAUUUCCGAUCAUAUGGGUUGGACGAUCUUAGAAAUAGUGCGACUUUAGCUAAUCCUGGUUUAUAUGCUGAUGAGGUAUUACAUAAAGUAGACAUUGAAAUUAACGAAAAAGGUACUGAAGCUGCAGCAGCAACCACAAUUGUCUUAGAAAGAGAUGGUAGACAAAAAAGGUUGUUAGCUAAUAGACCUUUCCUAUUUUUCAUUAGACAUAAUCCUACAAAAUUGAUAUUGUUUUGGGGUACUAUUAACACACCUACUCCGAAUUUUUCUAAUACGUAAAUAAAAAUUUUUAUCUAAUAGUAUUUAAUACUUUGGAUUAUAAUUGCAUCUAUCUAUCUAGCUAUCUAUGUGUGCGUACGUGCGUGCAUGUGUGUGUGUGUGUGUGUAAUUAGCUUUGAUAGAGCUGAACUCUAUCAUAAACUAGAUUGAUUAAUACCUAUUUAAUUAUAUUUCAUUUUCAUAUGAUGCUUAUAUAAGAUUCUUUGUUUAUUUAUUUUUUUUUUUUUUUUUUUUUGUAUAAAACACCAAAGAAAUUUAACUUCAAAUCAUUAAAGAGCUUAUUAUUCAUCUACAUUAGAUUAGUUAG